GAUAGAUAUGGUCGUACGGCCAUCAUUAUCUGAAUGUAAAAUUUUGGAUUUACUUCAACAUUGAAACUAGGUUUGACAGCUGCAUCAGGGAUAUUUAUUUUAAUUUGUUUAUUGAAGAUUUACACGGUCUGUUUAGUAUUAAAACAAAAUGAAUUUAUCAACAGAAAACUUGCACUUACUUGACGCUGUUAAAUGUAGCUACUGCAGUCAAACAUUAGAGGAACCAAAAAUUUUAGAAUGUAACCAUACCUUUUGUAAAGAAUGUCUUGAUGGCUUGCUGGUGUUUAGACAUAAUGGGAGCGCUACCAUACAAUGUCCUGAAGAACUCUGUGAAGAAGAGACAUCAUUAGAAUCCAGUGAAACUACAAACUCUCUUGCAACAAAUCACAAUAUGUCGGCUGUUGUGAAAAGUCUGUCACAUGAGAACACAAAGUAUUUGUGCGAAGAAAGUUCCAAUUGUAAAUCAUCCGUGACGAGGUCAUGUACAAAAUGUCAAACCAACACUUGCGAUGAUUGUUGGCUUUCACAUGAUUGCGUUGAUGCUGAUUACACCCCAAUCAUAUUUCACAGGAGAGCACAAACCAUCCUACCUUUUUGUACAAGUCAUCGCAGCAUAGCUAAUGUGAUUUGCUCUGAUUGUGAUGGUGCAUACAUCUGCAGAUAUUGCCAGCAUCGAACCCAUGUAGGUCAUGAAAGUGACACAAUACAAACAGAAGCUGGGAAAAUAAAGCAUAGUCUUUUAAAGCAAGUAGAAGAUGGCGAAAAGAAACGACAAAGAGCGAAGCUUUUGAUUCAAGGCUGUCACAAGCAAAUCGAUGAUAUCGAAAUGUCAAUGGGCGAGUUUAGUGUUGAGUUAGACAGACGCGUGCAAACACGGCUUAGCAAAUACUUUACCUUCUUGGAGAAUGAGAAGAAAAGGAUCGUCGAUGAAUUUCAACAUUUUGUUAAUCGGCUAAAAGCAGAAGUCGAAAUUUUUGACGAAUCAUCAAAAGUAAGCAAUAUCAUUUCACGUUAUUUUGAGAAGGUGAAAAGCAAAGGAGAUUAUUUUAUUGUCGCUGGUAAAGUCAACAUUGCAGAAAGACUGAAGAGUUUAAUUCCACAAAAUGUCCCCCAAAUGCAAGCUGUGCUAAACGAUGUUGAAGAUAAUACGUUUGAAUGUAAUCCCCUUGGUAAAUUAAGUGUUACUGUUCAAGAAAUACCUAUAAAUAAUAGUAUGAAUCAAUAUGUGCGAUGGGAAAAAACUGCUUCAGAGAAUCUCAAAAAAGUUCUUCUUCGUUCUUCAGCUAAAGGGACAUUCAAAGCACGUUUUAAGCCUGUAACGGGUUUGGAAGGAACCCAAAAAAGUGGUGUAUCAAUGACUAUCAAUACACAAUAUCAAUGCAUUCGGAUAAUGGAUGAAUACAAACAUUUUUCUGUGGAGGAACUACGUUUGCAAGAUUAUAACAUUUUUAAUUUAUCAGAAAUUUCUAAGUCUGAUAUUCCAUUCCUUAAACAGAAAACACGUUUUAGAUAUCCAAACAUUGCAUCAAGUUCUGCUACCCCUUUAACUUCUUUUAAUUUCACUGGUUUUGGUUUCACAAGUGCGCCUACAUUUGGAACUGCUGGAGCAUUUGGUGCUGGUUCUUCUUUUGGAUCCACUGGUUCAUCUACAUUCGGCUCAACAAACGCACCUAACCCUUUCACUACACGUGCUGCAACAUUUGGAACUGCAGGAGCAUUUGGUGCUGGUUCUUCUUUUGGAUCCACUGGUUCAUCUACAUUCGGCUCAACAAAUGCACCUAACCCUUUCACUACACGUGCUGCAACAUUUGGAACUGCAGGAUCAUUUGGUGUUGGUUCUUCUUUUGGAUCCACUGGUUCAUCUACGUUUGGCUCAACAAAUCCACCUAACCCUUUCACUACACGUGCUCCUACAUUUGGAACUGCAGGAGCAUUUGGUGUUGGUUCUUCUUUUGGAUCCACUGGUUCAUCUACGUUUGGCUCAACAAAUGCACCUAACCCUUUCACUACACGUGCUCCAACUUUUGGAACUCCAGGAGCAUUUGGUGUUGGUUCUUCUUUUGGAUCCACUGGUUCAUCUACGUUUGGCUCAACAAAUGCACCUAACCCCUUAACUACAUGUGCUCCAACAUUUGGAACUGCAGGAGCAUUUGGUGUUGGUUCUUCUUUUGGAUCCACUGGUUCAUCUACGUUUGGCUCAACAAAUGCAUCUAACCCUUUCACUACACGUGCUGCAACAUUUGGAACUGCAGGAGCAUUUGGUGUUGGUUCUUCUUUUGGAUCCACUGGUUCAUCUACGUUUGGCUCAACAAAUGCACCUAACCCUUUCACUACACGUCCUCCUACAUUUGGAAGAAGAAGACGUGUGCGUUCUUCGAAGUGGUAACCAGUAGUCUAUCAAGUUGACUUGACAUUAAACUUUGAUCAAAUGUUCUCGGAAAUUUGUCGUAACAAGUUCUCGAAAUGAAAAUAAAAUGUUCUGGUUAUUUCGUGGAAACAAGCUCUCGAAAUGAAAAUAAAAUGUUCUGGUUAUUUCGUCGAUACAAUCUAUCAAAAUGAUAAUAAAUGUUCUGGUUAUUUCGUCGAAACAAUCUAUCGAAAUGAUGAUAAAAUGUUCUUCUUAUUUCGUCGAAACAAUCUAUCGAAAUGAUAAUAAAAUGUUCUGGUUAUUUCGUCGAAACAAUCUGUCGAAAUGAUACACCACACUUACUUUAACGUUCCAGGAAUGGAAACAAAUGAUUUGUCAAUUUUUAAAGUUUGCAUUAUGUUAUGUUUAUUAAUAAGCAGUAGUCUAAUAGGGUCUCUUACUGGGUUUUUCAACAUGGUAAUCUCUUUGUGUUGAUAAAUACUAAUGUGGAAGUAAAAUGUCCAAGUUAUAAUAAUCUACAGUUUUGUAUUUCAAUCUUUGUUGUUUAUUCAAGAAUAUUUUUGGCAAAAUAAAUGCAUAAAACGUUGCGUGAAAGUGAAAUUGUGGAAUGUACGUAAUGUCCCUCACAAAGCAUCAUGCGUAUUUAAUUCUGCCUCUUUGUACCAAUUUU